AUGGGCGAUAAAUUGUUGAAUGAAGAUUUCAUUCGAUUAUUUUGUCAAAAAAAUUCAGACGGCACCAUGCAUUUACGUCUUAAAGGCAACGAAUUGUAUCAGAGAUUCGGGUACGUAAAUAACUAUACUAAUAUAUUUAUUUAUAUUGUGGACCAUAAUAACGAUCAUUAUGAUAUGAGUUACAACGAUUUCGGUGACGAGGGUAUGAGAAUGUUAUCGAAAUAUUAUUGGAAUCAUCACAACAACCUAUUGUAUUUACAAGUAAUGCAAUGCGAUAUACAUGCGGCCGGCAUGGAAUAUUUUUCAUCAUCAAAAUAUUUACGUCUCAUCACCUGUGAACUGAAUGGAAAUAAAAUUGGAGCUGAGGGUGCACGGUUCAUAGCAAGACUGAUUGAGAGAUGUCCCACUUUGGUACUUAUCGAUAUUGCAGAAACGGAUCAGACUUUAGAAAGCGUGGAAUCAAUAUUAAUUGUCACAGAAGCGAGUAAUUUGAAAGUUUUAGACAUUUCUAGGAUAAUUCCCAAUAGCUUUUAUUCGAGAUAUAAUAAAUCUACUUUAGCUGACGAUUUGUCAGUUGCUCUAAAGUUGAAUGAGAAUCUGACCGAGUUACAUAUUCAAAAAUUAGAAUUUGAUGGGCACGAUGUGGAAAUCCUCUUGAGUGGUCUACUAGUAAAUAAGACACUACAAAUUCUCGAUUUGGGAUGCAACAGAAUCGGAGAUCUUGGUGUUGAAAUGAUAGCAGUUUGGUUAAAAUCCAGGCCAGCAUUGAGAGCUUUGAAUAUAUGUGCUAAUAAUAUUCGAGAUUCUGGUGCAAGAGCCUUGAGUAUGGGAAUGCCAUUCUCGAAUAUCCGAAUGCUGGAUAUAAGCGCUAAUCAUAUUACAGAUAUUGGCCUCACUGAUAUACUCGAUACAGCUAAAAAAUAUUGCAGGAUAAGAAUUCUCUUUAUGUGGGGUAAUAAAUUUGGACCUACUGCUUGUGCGAGACUUGAAAGAAUGCUGAAAUCAACCGUACUUGAGCAAGAAUAUAUUGACGUUAAAAUUUAUACCGUUGAUGAAAAAUAUGAAGCAGUAUAUUAUCCAACAAAUCAUUACAAAUCAAAUUAUUACGCAAUCACCAAACCUGCAUGUCCAAACGUUAUCAAGAUUAUACGAAACAAAAUUUAUGGUCCGGACGCUCUCCCACGGGAAUUAUUAAAUAUUCCACAUAUCGGGAGAUAUCCGAAGGUGGAUGAAAGUCUUGGAUUGUACGUUAAAAAGAAAAAAUAUUGCGAUGAAUAUGAUAAGUGUGAUACUUAG